AUGUCUGAGGGACCGCCGCGUUAUGUAACUUAUGCUAAACUUGUAGGUACUCUUGUAGAAGGGCUCUGACCAUGGUAACCUGUUGCACAGUCUGUUGAGGUGGUGAAGGGGUUAAUCUCAUUUUGGGGUUUCCCAUGCUGUUGCUCGUGUGUGUCUCACAACUUUUGGUUCAGACUCUAGGACGGUCGACUCCGAACUUUACACUGCGACUGUACACAAAAGAGAUCAGCAGCCAUGGGGAAAGGAUGCAUUUCAGUUGCCAAGUACUUCCUGUUCCUGUUCAAUCUCUUUAUCUUUAUUUUUGGAGCUUUAAUCAUGGGUUUUGGAUUAUGGGUCAUGUUGGAUAGCCAGAGUUUCAUUGCAGUUUUGCAAGAGUCAUCCACCGUGCUGAAAGUUGGCGCCUACAUCCUUAUUGGAAUUGGUUCACUCUCAGUGCUCAUGGGAUUUCUAGGCUGCAUUAGUGCCAUUUAUGAGAUCCGCUGUUUACUUGGACUGUACUUCACCUGUCUCCUGCUCAUCCUUAUCGCCCAGGUGACGGCUGCUGUCCUCAUCUACUUCCAGAGAGACCUGGUAAAGGAUGAGAUGUCCACUAUUGUAAACAAAAUUAUGGUGAACUACACCGGUCAUAACAAGACAUCAGAGCAUGCCUGGGAUUAUCUCCAGAGAACGAUGGAGUGCUGUGGUUGGACUGGACCAUCUAACUGGACAGAGAACAUGUGGAUAAAGAACAGCCCUCAGACUUUGUAUCCGUGCUCCUGCAGAAAUGAAUCCAUCAGUGGCACAGAUAAGAAAGAAAUAGGCCUGUGUUCGAGUUUGGCAUCUGAGUGGCCUGUCUUCACUACGGGUUGUAUAUCUAGUGUGGAGGACUGGAUCCUUAGGAACUGUGGUGUUAUUCUGGGAGUCUGUGUUGGAAUAGCAGUGAUUGAGCUUUUAGGGAUGAUCCUAUCCAUGUGCCUCUGCAAGAGUGUUCAACAGGAGGAUUACUCCAAAGUACCUAAAUACUAGAGUAAAACCCCUUUUAGUGGCUCACUUACACUUCAGCAAACACCAGUGUUACAGCCUCUACACCAGCGGUCAGAGAACAUUUUAUCACAAGAAACGCAUGCGCGCACACACUCUCUCUCUCUCUCACACACACACACACACACACAUAACUUUGUUAUCCCCAUUAAAUAUUGAUAUGUCACCUUGUAUAGGAUAAACGUUUUAUGAUGGCGAUUUUUUUUUUUU